GGGUUCAGCGACAGGAGUAACAAUGAGCACAGAGAAGCAGCAAAAGAGAGGACCUCCACAUAUUAUCAGAUUAGACAAGGCGUUUAAAUUGGCUGAACAAUGGGUUAAUAUCAUGAGUAAAGAUGUGAAAGAUGAACCGUCCUUCUGGGCUAGGGCUUGGAGCAAAAGUUGUUUGUCAGUCGAGAGUCAAAUAUCUAAUUGAGCCGGUUGAAAGGAAGUUGCGUGCUAAAUUGGAAGCUGGAAAAAGGAAGGCUGCCAAAAGUAUUGAGGAAUGCAGUGCUAACAAUGAUGUUGAUCAUGCGGACAGCGACGAGGAGUUAGAAAGCAGAACUAAUGGAUUCACCAAGAAGAUAAAGGGUACUCCUCCAAGUUCAUCUCUACAGAUGAAGCAUCCUGAACAAGUUCACCAGGAGAAGAUGAAGGAAUCAGAGUAUAGUUCCCCAGGAGAAUCCGAAUCACAGCUGCAUAAAAGAGAAAUUAAUGCUGCUCCAGAUCGAUAUGGUAUAAAGCCAGGAAGACAUUACUAUGGGGUUGAUCGGAGUAGUGUAUUUGAGAAAAAGAUGUUUUACAUGUUGAAUGAAAAACGAGCUGCUACAGGAAAGGAGAGUGAGCUUAUUAUGUAUGGAGAUCUUGCAAAUUCAAAGCUAUUGUGUGGAGAACAAAGAAUUGAGUGACAUCUGAUAAUCAAGGAGGGAGCUCGAGGAGUGACACCUUUAUUUUCUGCACUGGAUGUGCACAGAAAAAGUUUUGUGCUCCUGAAACUGUGUUUUAGCGUUCUUGUGUGUAGAUCAAUGGAGGCAAAACGUGGCUAUGGUUCUUGCUUGAGACUGUCAUAAAUUUCCCAAAAAUGAAACAUCUGGGCCAGUCAGCCAAGAAAAUUCAUGCACUGCCAAGCUUUGGCGACUAUUAUUGGGGCAAUGCUUGUGUGCAAUGCUUGUAAUACGGCUAGUUUCUUGUUUUUCCAUCGAAUUUAGAUGAAAUAUAAUCUGCAGUCAAAACGA